GGUCUGCGUUUUGAAGGUUGUAUUUAUCUCGCUAACAUCACACUACAGGAGUACAUUUGCGGAGUGAUAACAUUAGAAGUCACUGUUGGAGAGAUGUUGGAGCUAAAAAAGGAUUGAUGGAGCCACAAACACAUCCUCAUACUGACUGAGUUCAAAGAAGGUCUUGUCCUGUCGGGACAGGGUACGCCGCAUACACGGAUGCAAAUACAUGGAAUGGAGUUGAAAUAUCUCGGAUCCCCCACAAAUGCAACGUGACAGUUCUAAACGUUUCAUUCAAGGUCAAUAUUGGACUUCGAUCAGCUGUAACCGCUGUCAUUAUCGAGGAUAUUUCUCUUCUUGUGGAACAGGAAUUGUAUGAGCAGCAUCUUUUUACCCGUCGGCCGUGAGCAAUGACAUCUUUCGCGGAAGAGAUUAACCUACGCUGUCAGUAUCUGAAACAAGAUAUCGGACCAAGUUGUCAAUUCAAAUAUGUGGGAUUUAUUUAGGAGAGGACAUGUAACUAGCUAACUAACAUAGCACUGUAGCCGUGUCUUGAGCUCUCGAUGUCCGGUAGGAUAGCUAGCUCGUGCACCUUCGACGUUUCCUACUUUCAAUAAUGUUGUUAGCCAGCUUGCUACCUGGAACUGCGGCACCCAUCUCAAAUAGCUAACUAAAGUUGGCUAGCUAGCCAGCCAAUUGUCAAAAAUUGAUAUUUUGUAUGUCCUUUGGAAAACCAGUUGCUAGUGAGGAAAGUGUGUUUGUUACACGCAAACUUUACACGAUCUCAAGCUCACUUUAAGUUAUAAAAACGAAUUUCAACAUGUCUGUUCGGGUAGCUUUACAGUCACCCACUGGCUCCAGAAGUUUUCUGGAGCGGGGACUCCUACUUCUGGUGAUAUUGAUAUUUCUGGAGGGCACCGUACUGACGCUUGGAGCUGCCAGUUCACCGGACAUCAGCGCUCGGGAUAACGCUGGAGGACUCCAUGACCACCAAGGGAUAGAAGGCAGCUACGACCGUACUAACUACACCUACACAAAAAAGGCCUUCCCUGUCCUGUCUCUAGAUUACCAUCACAUACAGGUGCCUUUCGAGAUCUCGUUAUGGGUGCUGCUGGCCUCUUUAAUGAAAUUAGGGUUCCACCUGAUUCCGCGGCUGUCCAGCAUCGUGCCCGAGUCCUGUCUGCUCAUUGUGGUGGGCCUCCUGGUCGGGGGCCUCAUCAAGCUGGCGGGCGAGGAGGUACCCCCAGUGCUGGACUCCAAACUCUUCUUCCUGUGCCUCCUCCCCCCGAUCAUCCUGGAUGCGGGCUACUUCCUGCCAAUCCGGCCCUUCAUGGAGAACAUCGGCACCAUCCUGAUGUUCGCCGUGGUUGGCACCCUGUGGAACGCCUUCUUCGUAGGGGGUCUCCUCUACGCCGUGUGCCAGAUCGAGGGCACCAACCUGAGCCAGGUGGAGCUGCUGCCCUGCCUGCUGUUCGGGAGCAUCAUCUCGGCCGUGGACCCGGUGGCCGUGCUGGCUGUGUUUGAGGAGAUCCACAUCAACGAGCUGCUGCACAUUCUGGUGUUCGGAGAGUCGCUGCUCAAUGAUGCCGUCACUGUGGUCUUAUACCAUCUGUUUGAGGAGUACUCUGGCGCAGGUGAGGUAACGCCAAUGGACGUGGUCCUUGGGGUCAUCUGCUUCCUGAUUGUAUCGCUGGGCGGCAUCGCCGUUGGCGCCAUCUACGGUAUCCUGGCGGCCUUCACCUCCCGGUUCACCUCGCACACCCGCGUCAUCGAGCCCCUCUUCGUGUUCGUCUACAGCUACAUGGCCUACCUGUCGGCUGAGAUGUUCCACCUGUCUGGAAUUAUGGCGCUGAUUGCGUGCGGCGCGGUGAUGCGGCCCUACGUGGAGGCCAACGUAUCCCAUAAGUCCCACACCACCAUCAAGUACUUCCUGAAGAUGUGGAGCAGCGUGAGUGAGACGCUCAUCUUCAUCUUCCUGGGCGUGGCCACGGUGGCCGGGCCGCAUGCCUGGAACUGGACCUUCGUCUCCGUCACCGUCAUCCUCUGUCUGGUGUCACGUGUCAUCGGCGUGGUGGGCCUUACCUUUAUCAUCAACAAGUUCCGCAUCGUCAAGCUGACCACCAAGGACCAGUUCAUUGUGGCCUACGGUGGCCUACGAGGGGCGAUCGCCUUCUCCCUGGGCUACCUGUUAGACGAGGACCACUUCCCCAUGAGGACCAUGUUCCUCACCGCCAUCAUCACCGAAAUCUUCUUCACAGUGUUUGUACAGGGCAUGACUAUCAAACCCCUGGUGGACCUGUUAGCCGUGAAGAAGAAGCAGGAGGCCAAGCGCUCCAUCAAUGAGGAGAUCCACACCCAGUUCCUGGACCAUCUGCUGACUGGCAUCGAGGACAUCUGUGGACACUACGGCCAUCACCACUGGAAAGACAAGCUGAACCGCUUCAACAAGAAGUACAUAAAGAAGUGCCUGAUAGCGGGCGAGCGCUACAAGGAGCCGCAGCUCAUCGCCUUCUACCACAAGAUGGAGUUCAAGCAGGCCAUCGAGCUGGUGGAGAGCGGCGGGGGCGUCAAGCUGCCCUCCGCCAUGCCCUCGCAGGUCUCCAUGCAGAACAUCCAGCCCAAGAAGCUGCCUCCUCCUGUAGCAGAGCGGGCCCUGCCUCAGUUCACCAAGGGCCGUGAGGAGGAGAUCAGGAAGAUCCUCAGGAGUAACCUGCAGAAGACCCGCCAGAGGCUGCGCUCAUACAACAGACACACUCUGGUGGCUGAUCCUUUCGAGGAUGGAUGGAACGACUUCAUCCUGAAGAAGCAGAGGAUGAUCGAGCUAGAGAAGAAGAUGACAGAGAUGAGUAACUAUCUCACGGUCCCUGCCGCCCCUCCUGACUCCCCCACCAUGUGCAGAGCCAGACUGGCCUCAGACCCCAACGCCUUCUACAACAUCAAGGCGUCUUCAGACGGCAUCCCCACCAUCCAGGUGGAUCUAGCCUCCCCCAAGUCCCCGGACUCUGUCAACAUGCUGGACGAGUUCUCCAAGCGGGGUGCCACGGGCCAGGGCCUGGGUCAGAGGGAGGGGGCCGACCGGGAUGAGGACCAGGGCCUGAUGAUGAAGCCGUCCUCGGCGGGGAAAGGGGAGAAGGGAGAGGAAGAGGGGGGCAACAAGAACCCAGGGCUGAUGAGGUGUCUGAGUGACCCGGGCCCUAGUAAUGAGGAUGAGGAGGAUGAACCAUUUCUUCCCUAAAAAACAACAACUAGCUCCUCCCAUUGUGAGUAAUAGGGAGGGGCCUGGUUGCAGCAGCUCCUCCCCCUGAGCGGGGCACUACUGGGGAAAGGUCCACCUCCUCUCACUCCACCACCACCUCAUUUGAGUUCGCUAUCCCAUUGGUUGAGGAACCGAUAAAGCCAAAACUGUUAAGAAAGGACUUAGGACAACUUGUUUUAUGAACCAAAAGAGAAAAUGAGACUAAAUAGCCAUCUUUUCUUCAAUAGUCGUCAUUGCUCUUUUUUUCUUUUUUUAAGUGAUAGGAAGGCAGUCGCCUUCUUGGGUGAUCUUGGGUUUUGGGGGAAUUAGCCUGAGAGACGAGGGAACAUAAUUAUGCGUUACCAAAGGGUUGGACUGUUUUAGUCACAGACAAUGUUCCACAUUUGUUUUCAUAACGUUUACAAUCGUUCUUCUACUUUCAAGAAAAGUUAGCCUUAUUUUUGAGUCAGACACUUAGAGUAAACCUCUUUUCACUAGGUGCAUUUUAUCACACAAUUAACCUCUUAACUGCUUGAUUUUAAUUUCAGGGUUAAUAUGAGAUUGUUGUUUAUGUGGUUGUCUUUUGUCAUCGUUUGUCAUUCUAGUUGGUGUACUCGGUGCUGUACAAUCGAUGUACUUCACGCUGGAUGUAAUGUUUUCACUGUGCUAAACUCGAUGAACCGCUUUCUUUACCACCUCGCCCUAAGGCUAAGGAAUGUGUCAAGCGCAGACUUGAAAAUGUUGAGACGCAAACCUGGCAUCACCGCUUCAAGCAUCGUCUCUCUAUUUUAAUCAAACAUACAAAAUUGGCAGCAUCGCUGAGAUGUUUAUACUGUACAGUAUAUGCUCAUCAUUUACAUAUGGGGAGGUUUGUGAUGCAACCAACACAAAGAGAUUUGUUGAUCUUGAACGGACUAAACUCCCCUAUAUAAGCCAAACCCUAAAAUGUCAUAAAAUACUGUUAUCCUCCUGAGACCCAGCAAAAAAAGGUUUUAGAAUGUUAUUUUUUUUUGUACUUCACUUAAGUGUUUUGGAUUAAAAUAAUUUACAAAGACACAUUUGAAGAAAAAAAAAAAAAAGUUUAUUGUAUGUGCACUGUAGUGGACACAAGGAAACGGUUGAUAGUGAAUAUGGAAAAUUAACAUUACACCAAAUGGGUACAGUAGGUAAAAAAACAUAGUAGGCGCAUCCUGAUGUCCACUACAGAGGACAUUUAUAAACAAGCUCUUAUUUAAUGUGAAAAAAUGAUUACACUACUCUGAAAACUCAAACAGUUUCUAAGAUAUUUACUUACUAGAAGCAAUUUGAAUAUCAAACUCACAAAAAUUAUAAUUACACAAUUACACACACUUACCAUUUCCACAUGUGCUAAUUGUGUUGGCAGCCAUUUUGAAAAUCCAGGAAGAGAAAGUUAUCCAGGUCACACCACCACACAUGUGAUAUCAUUGAAAAGCCCAGAAUGUCCUCUCAGGUACAACAGGACUUAACACAGUGGCAUGUAUGGCCUCAAAGAGAGUUGACAAAAAAAUGAAUUGCUGGGUCUCAGGAGGAUAUGUUUGUUACAAGUUCCCUUUAAGAAAACGCUCUAGUAUGGGCCAUUUCAGAACCAUUUUGUGGUGUUUUUUCCCCCCAUAUUCUCUUGUCGGUAGUCGCAUCUUACAAUUCAUCUUAUGGGCCUGAUCUAUUGUUCUUUACUCUCUUGCACCUUAUUCACAUCAAGUGUUUUGACAUUUUUAAAAGACCUUGUCGCCAGUUUAACAUUCCCCAUUGGUUUUUAGCACUCCCCUUUUGAAAAUCUAGUGUUCCAUAGGCAUUUGGGGUUUUAGGCAUCACUGUAUAGGAUAUGAGGUGUGGGGCUCUUUAUCGUCUAACCACCUCAAUGGCCAAGAAUAUAUAAUUAAUUUAACCUUUAUUUAUCCAGGUGAGUCAAUUAAAAAACAAAUUCUUACACGCUGACCACCGGCCGUAUGAUAUUGUCCAUCCACACCAGACACGAUCAUGACAAGCAGGUUCAAAUAUCAAAACCAACUAUAUUUAUUUGGGGGCAGGUUGAAACACACAUGAAACAUUCAUGGACAUUUAGCUAGCUAGUUUGUCCUAGGAGAUGAACAUUGGGUCGUUAUUUUACCUGACAUGCAUAUGGUCCUCUUAUUACCUGGUUCUUUGUAGAAUUUUGACCCGAAGUCAUACAAAUCGUGUGUUUCCCUACGCCAACGAUUAAUCCACAGAUAAAAAGGGAAAAUUAGUUCGUUUUUAGUUCGUUAUCUGUAAUUAAUCUCGCCUCGUUUUAUCUUUCAAACAUCCGCUUGGGUUGUAUCUUCCUGAUAUCCAAUAAGGAGGGGACUUGCAAUGCGACUAAUAGAACCAAGUUCUAUUUUAGCGCUUGGCAACGCAGACGCUUGGUCACACGGGCAAGCACCACAUGGCCGGUGAGGUUUGCAUGUUAUUUAUAAUGAUGACCUGGAGAUACAGGCAUGACGACAUGGGCAAAUCUAGUAAUUCAAUGCAGUACAUUGGUGUAAAAUGUGUAUAGCGAUUUAUUAAUUAUAACCAUUUAAUUGAACGAUGCCCUUUAAAGCAAAAGCCAUGCUGUAAUGUUGUCAAUGCAAACGAAGAGGUCAUCGCUCCUCUGCUAACAUUGAGGUCCAUAACCAUCAUGGGCAGUAUGCUAGCUAGUUGUAAGCUAAUUCACGUCCGAAAGCAAGAGCCAACACCUAUUCUGCUAGCACAACAGCGUAAGCCUAGUCUAGGGUUUGUAUAAGACUAUGAAAACCUUGAUAUGUACAGUAUAUGGUUGUAUAGGUAUUAUGUAUACAGUACAUUGCUUUUCUUUUCUCCACAAAGCCUUAGGAUCAAUAGGAAUAAUUGAUUUAGGUUUUGAUUUGAUUUGAAAAGGCUGUUAGCUAUAUUGUCAAUGUGAUUACAGUUGCUCAUCGAUCUGAACAUCUCAACGGGACAUUCAACCACUUUUAGGUGCAAACUACAUUGCACCUAACAUUGAUUCAAUAGCAUAGCAACUCCUCAACCCACCUACUGUAUAACCAUCUUAGAUUUGUUGCAUGAAUGACAGCUUUAGCUGGAGUCUGUAACUGUCUCAACUAGAGAAGCCUAAGAUGUCCAAGACCGUGGCCUAGUUGUCACCUUGGUGUUAGAAUGACCUUUGUCCCUCUCUGACCUCUAUGUGCUAUCACUUUACGCCCAGAGAGAGCGAGAGAGAGGGUCUCAUUACAGCUUAGGAGAGGAGGGAGGAGAGAGAGGGGUCUCGUUACAAUUUAGGGGAGGAGAGAGGGUGAGGAAGAAGUGCGUAGUGUGUUUGUUUACUCUCAUCUCCUGUUUUCUCAGCACCCUGUCAGCACGUGGUUACUGAGGUUACAGUAGAGACGGGAACAUGAGAACGGGGUGACGAUGUAAUGGCGUGGUACUUAGAAACCAUGGCCACGCGGCACACACACAGUACUACACUGUGUGUGAGAGAAAUGUUCUCCUUUCCAGCAGGUCACCCCUUGUCAUGUCCCCAUUCCCUCACAUGGGCAUUGCAGUGGAGGGUAGUUGUAGGUUGAGUCCAGGAAGGUGAAAUAGAUAAAGCAUCUCACCUCCUUCACUAAACCAAAUUGAAUUAGGUGUUGAAAUGUCAGAGCUUGUUGUAAAGGACAGGCUGCUUCAGAUGUGAGAGUAGACGAGGACAAGGUCUUAUUGGUCAGAUAGGGGUUUAAAAUGAAGCUUUACGGAAAGAUUGACAUUUGAUACUUCCCUGGCUGAUUUUCUCUCCAUUGUAUUGUUAUAUAAAGGACACAGAAAUGUAUUAUAGUAUAAACAUGACAUUUACAAGGUUUCAGAAACAGGUUAUGUAAGGGCAGCCAUAGAAAGUCAACUUUAACUUGGAAACUAGCCCUGAAACUGUUUCUAAGCCCCUCUUUUUAUAUGAGCCUUGUACUGUAGCGCUAACGGAAGAGCAGUUUACUUCGAAGCUUUCCCAUCGCUCUUUUAUUUGGCCAGCACUUUAAGACCAUCAAUGAUUUGCUGCUGGAAAGGAGGAACAACUGUUAUCGUUAGUGUUCAGACGACCGAUCUUUGAAUGUAUACUGAACAAAAAUAUAAACGCGACAUGCAACAAUUUCAAAGAUUUUACUGAGUUACAGUUCAUAUGA